GAACCCUACAUAGAAAACUGGAGGAGGUUUUGAAUUGGCGCUGGACGUUCAUUUCGGAGCUGAUUUGGCGCAUGUCUCACUUCCUAGGGUUUAUCUUCGUCCAAUUACUUGCAUACAUCUUUCUCAGGCCAUGGAUUUUCCUUGAUUAGCCGCUACUUCUUUGCCCAUCUCGAGCAGGAUUGUUUGAGCUGAAUUCUGCGGAUAAAUUUCCAGACGAGAAGUUUGUAGCUUUAAUUGGUUGUAGAUGAAUUGAGAGUGAUGAAACUUUAUAACCUGUAUGGUACUCUAGGUUCUACAUUGUUUGAGAGUGUUUCAGAAUCAAACGCAUUGUCCAAAAGGGAUUAAGAUGCAAACAGGAUCAUUUUUGAGGCUUAAUACUACCAUACACUUUGGUGUUCAGAAAGCAAUUGCUGGACAGCGAAGUGGACUGUGCUAUAUAAAUAAUUUGCUGCUUGGACGAGAGGAAUUAUUGACUAAGGAUUGCAGGUUGUCUCAUUCCUUGCCAGAUUCUACGUUUCUGAAAUCAAAUACCUUGCACUUUUCACCAAGAUUCAUUUCCAAAAGAAAAUCUAUGGCUGCUUAUGGUACUAAAUCUGUUUUUGGAGAUGUCUAUGUCAAUGAUUUAGUCACAAACCGUGGAAAUGCAUUAGAGCUUGCAACACCCGUGGGAGUGUUCAACUAUAGAAGUCAUAGGAGUUUCCAGAAAGCUCGUGUGAGUUUGAGAAGGAAACAACCAUCCAAUAAUUAUCUAAUCUCUCGGAGCAGUUUAAUUGAUGAUGUGAGUGCGAGGGGCACCUGCUUUCUGCAGGUUGGGUUGAGCAAUAUUCAUACCUCAUCUCAUGCAUGCUAUGCUGCUGGGACUGCUAAUUCUCCAGCUUUUGACAGCAACUCUCGUGAUGAACAGCUUACAAAUUCAACCAUUUUGUCAAGCCAAGGUUUAUUAGGUGAAAGGACUUUGAAGCUGCUUUCAGGAUCAUGCUAUCUUCCCCAUCCUGCGAAGGAAAAGACAGGAGGAGAGGAUGCUCAUUUUAUUUGUGUGGAUGAACAUGUAAUUGGUGUUGCAGAUGGUGUAGGUGGUUGGGCAGAUGUUGGUGUUGAUGCUGGGAAGUUUGCUCGUGAGCUUAUGUUAAACUCGAUAACUGCAGUACAGGAGCAGCCUAGGGACUCAGUUGAUCCUGUCAAGGUGUUGGAGAAAGCUCACUCGAGUAUUACUACAGCGCAGGGUUCUUCAACAGCCUGCAUCAUUGCCCUUUCUGAAAAGGGACUCCGUGCUAUUAAUCUGGGGGAUAGUGGGUUCAUAGUUAUAAGAGAUGGAAGCACUAUUUUCAGAUCUCCGGUUCAGCAACAUGGCUUCAAUUUUACUUAUCAGUUGGAGUGCGGCAACGGUGGUGACUUACCCAGCUCUGGAGAGGUUUUCACUAUACCUGUUGCACCAGGGGAUGUUGUAGUUGCUGGAACGGAUGGAUUAUUCGACAAUCUAUACAGUAAUGAGAUUGCAGCUGUUGUAGUCAAGGCUGUUAGAGCUGGCCUGCAACCUGGAGUAACUGCUCAAAAGAUAGCGGCUUUUGCACGCCAGAGAGCAGAGGAUCGGAACCGGCAGACCCCAUUUUCUGCUGCUGCUCAAGAGGCCGGUUAUCGCUACUAUGGUGGUAAGCUAGAUGAUAUCACUGUUGUUGUCUCGUAUAUAUCUCGUUCCACAAAUAUGUGAUUUCUCCCCUAUCCUGAUCUGCGACUGAGCCCCAAUUAAGUGCACUCUAUCUCUUUGCAAUCCGACCCGAAUCAAGUUGCAUUUUAGCGUAACUUAAUGGGAUUGAGGUUUGAAAAUCUUUGGUUCCAAUGUUCCCAUGAAGUGCGGUUUACGAAGCUGCAAGAGAAUGGUAUUUUCGUCCAUCAUAGCACGACUUCUCUGUGGUUUCUGUAAACUCAAACCUUUUGGCAAAUGAUAGAUGCAACUUAUGAAUUUUGAAUUGAAGAAACAACAGUAGCAUUCCACUGAUUGCUGCAAUUUCGUGUUCUCGCUAUUACUCAUUAGUAUUGUUCUUUUGAGUCUGCCAGUGUUGUGGACAAUUUUUUUUACAGGGUCGUGAAAUGGAUAUGGGUUUCUCAGUA